CAAUGUCAGUAAACAAAUAUCUGCCGGUCAAAAAGGGUUUUGUUUUGACACCUUUGGGACACGUAAGUCUUGAGUUUUUGGUGAUAUUAGUGGUUUUAAGAUGAAUCGAUUGGAGUUGUACGUGUUGUGCGUAUGUCUUGUGCUUUCUACCGCUGAACUGCUGGGCCCUGAGAGUCGGAAGGAUGCCGAAAAGCAGUCGGAAGAGGAAGAUUCAGAAACUCUGGACACUAACCCCCAAUUGGACCCUGAUUACGUCAAGGACCUAACUGACGCCGUAAACAAGGAAAUUAUUACGCUUCAGGAAUAUGCCGAUGCCAUAAAGAAGUACAAUCGGCCCAAUAAAGCAGAAGACAUAAAGCCAGAUCAAGUGGGUGACGCCCACCUGGAGCAGAUGGAGCAUGCACUGAAGCUGCUGCGCAGGAGUCUGCUGCGGCAGAAGGAUCCCGCCUGGGUCCAGGAAAAACGAAUACUGGCAGAUUUGGAUAGAGAUAGGAAACCAGAAGAGAAUCCUCAGGACAUUCUGGACAGUCUACCGCCUUUGCCUGUAGAGGAAAAAAUCGAACUCACGCCUGAACUUCAAGAAGCCAAAGAAUUAUACGACGCGGCGACCGCAAAACUAAAUCGUCGAUCUCCCGACCUGCGAGGUGCGAUCCUUCAAGUAAAACAAGCUGCUGACAUGGGAUAUGUCCCCGCGAAGAUCAAGCUAGCCUGGUCGUACCUAUUUGGGGAGGGUGUGGAGCUAGAUUUGGAGAAGGCGAAGAAUAUUUUUGAAAAGUUGGCUGACGAAGGGAACGCGGAAGCACAUGCUGGUAUGGGUUUCCUCUACGCGACAGGCAUAAGCGUGCCGGUGUCCCAAGCCAAGGCCCUCGUGCACUACACGAUGGGAGCGCUCGGCGACAGUGCGUACGCGCAGAUGGCUCUUGCCUACCGCCACUGGAUUUAUCUGGAAGGCGGCGAUGGCAUUAAGGCGGACAAUGACACGGCACUGCGCUACUUCCGCAAAGCUUCGGAACUCAACAACCCCGUCGGUCAGAGCGGACUCGGCAUUAUGUACUUGCAUGGUCGCGGCGUCCCGAAGGACACGAGUGCCGCGUUCAAGUACUUCACCUUGGCUGCGAACCAGGGCUGGGUGGAGGGGCAGCUCCAUCUAGGAUUCAUGUACUUCGGCGGUAUCGGCAUCCGGCGCGACUUCAAGCAGGCCAACAAGUACUUCUCGCUGGCGUCGCAGUCGGGCCACGUGCUGGCGCUAUACCACCUCGGCCAGAUGCACGCGCAGGGGCUCGGCGUGCUGCGCUCCUGCACCACCGCCGUUGAGCUGUUUAAAAACGUAUGCGAACGUGGGGGCUGGGGAGCCCGAUUGAUGCUUGCCCAUGCAGCAUGGCGUGCCAGAGACGCCGAUUCCUCUCUAUUGCAGUACCUCGCACUGGCUGAGCGGGGGUACGAAGUGGCUCAGAGUAACGCUGCGUUCCUGCUCGAUAAUGGGGAGGUGCAGCUGUUCGACGAGGCGGAGCGGUGGGCUCGCGCGUUGCAGCUGUGGGGCCGCGCCGCCGCGCAGGGCUGCAGCGCCGCCAGGGUCAAGCUGGGCGACUACCACUACUACGGCCUGGGCACUGCGCAGGAUCUGGAGGCCGCGGCGCACCACUACAGGAUAGCAUCGGAGCAGCUGCAUAACGCGCAAGCCACGUUCAACCUCGGCUACAUGCACGAGCGAGGACUCGGCCUCGCACAAGACCUGCACUUGGCCAAGCGCUGCUACGACUUGGCAGCUGACACAUCGCCCGACGCGAGAUUGCCCGCCGCCCUUGCGCUAGCCAAGUUGAAUGCUGCUACCGCCCUCUCCCAGCUAUAUGACAGUCCGCUGGCUAUGGUAUUUCUCUCCGGAGAAUCAACUCUACUCUCCAACUGGGACCUAUAUCUCAUCACGGCACUCCUCGGCGCUUUGGGCCUGGUGGUCUACAUUCGGCGGCCUGAAAGACCGAUCCGACCCAAUCCUGCAGAGAACUAAUUUAUUUAUAAAUAUUUAUGUGAAUAAAUAACGAGGACUUUUGUUUGAUCAGUGUUUGUACAGAGAGAAAGGUUUUUGAAUUUCCUGGUUUGGCUCCGCACGCGUAUCAACAGCACGCGUAUGAAACGCACGUGUAUAAAACGGAUGCGUAUCAAACGCACGCGUAUCAACCGCACGCGUAUCGACCGCACGGGUAUUGACCGCGGCAUGCGUAUCAACGUUUUAAGAUCAGUCAAUGAAGCAUAGGUAGAUAGAAGA